UGCGGCUGUGGCGGGUGUCACUCUUCUGGCUGGAGAUUUCCCUGAAGUUGCACAGUCUGUGUGGAGUUUUCCUCGGAGUUUCUGUGAAUUCCUCUGAGUUCCCCUCGGUGUUUCCUCCAGCUGCCUGCAGGCUCUCUGCUUGCUGCUGGACAGAGAUGAGUGCUCUGUUCCCGGCUCACUUGGACCUGGAGGAGGAGGAGGACCUGGAGGUUUUCAGCAAGAAAACCUCCCUGACAGACGGAGGUCCGAACUCCCCCAGCUCCAUGAUGAACCAGUACAGACUGGAGGCGGAGGAGGAGGAAGAGGAGAAGGAGGAGAAGGAGCUUUUCGUCACUGUGGAUCAUCCAGAGAGCCACGUGACCGCCAUCGAGACCUUCAUCACCUACAGGGUGCUCACCAAGACGACCCGCAGUGACUUUGACUGCAGUGAGUUUGAGGUGAGGAGGAGGUACCAGGACUUCCUGUGGCUGAGGAGCCGUCUGGAGGAGAACCAUCCCACACUCAUCGUGCAUCCACUGCCGGAGAAGUUUGUGAUGAAAGGCAUGGUUGAGCGCUUCAACGAGGACUUCAUUGAGACCCGGAGGAGAGCUCUGCAGCGCUUCCUCAGCAAGAUCAGUGAGCACCCCCUGCUGAGCUGCAGCCCCCACCUCAAAAUCUUCCUCACCACUCAGGAUCUGCAGUCCCACAAGAAGCAGGCCCCGGGCUUCCUGACCCGGGUGGGGGAGACCGUGAGGGCCGUGGCUCACUCUGUGCGGGGGGUGAGGAGCCGGCCGGAGGAGUUCACUCUGAUGCAGGAGUACGUGGAGCAGUUCAGCAGCAAGAUCAGUUCCGUGGACAAAGUGACCCAGAGGAUCAUCCGGGAGCAACGGGAGUACGUGGAUGAGAUGAAGCAAUACAGCCCCCCCUACAGUCAGUGGGGGGGUAUGGAGGAGGCGCUGCAGCUCCCUCUGCAGGAGGUUGCAGGCUGUGUGCAACGUUGCAGCACGGAGACGCAGCUGCAGCUGCAGCAUCUGUCCACCGUCCUGCUGCCCGCGCUGCACGAGUACAUGCUGUGUGCAGACACCCUGAAGGCGGUGAUGAGGCGCAGAGACAACAUUCAGGCCGAGUACGAAGCCAGGAGGGAAGCCAUGGAGAAGAGGGGAGACCAGGAGGGGGAGGAGGUGCAGGCUCUACAGGAGAAGGUGGAGGUGUGUAACUCAUCUCUGCAGGUGGACUGGUCUCGCUGGAGGAGCAGCAUGAGGACAGACCUGAAGACAGCUCUACUGUCCACAGCUGAGAGCAACCUGCAACACUACGAGAAGUGCCUCGCAGUGUGGGAGACGUUCUUGCUGUCUCAGAGGGAGGAGGGCAGCGAACAGAAGGAGGAAGAGGCUCCCUAAAGAGAGUCCUUCUCUAACAUCCGAACACAGACUCUGAAGCUGACCUGCGUGAUGUACGAAACAAGCGCCUCUCUCCCCCUUCUCCUGUUCUCUGAUGGUCACUACAGCCCACCCUGAUCCAAAGACCCUCACCCUGCGGUGUGCUCUCGCUGUGCAGCGGCACACGCUAACACACGUUAUCAGCCGUUAUCACACGCUAUCACACACUAACACCCGCUAACACAUGUUCUUCCAGCUCCACUCUUCUUCGUUUGCGUUGUUGUUGGUAGACCCAGUCUCUCUUGUUGCUCUUUUUCCAAAUGAAUGCUACCUAAAUGCUAAGCUAACAUCAAAGAAGUCAAAGCUAAUGGCCUUAUCAUCAGGACUGGGAGACUGUGGCUUCAUGAGACGAGAGUAUGUCUCAUGUAAUGUGACACAUGUUGUCAAACCACCGCUGUAGAGCCGCUGAGUCCAGACACUACACAUGAUGUUAGCGACGUUAGCAUGCAGCAAAGGAAGCUUCAAACUGCUUCAUUUCAGAUGACUUGUCUGAGGGAAAUCACAAUUCGCUUUAUCGUGCAGCAGUGUCUGCACACCGUCACAUCUCACACUUCACCGUCACAUCUCACACUGAUCCAUGCAGUAAAUAAUAUUUAAUAAUAAUAGUACACACACCUGUCGGGUCAGGUCUGCUGUUCUUAACAGUUUACUGAGGAGGAAUCAGCCUGUGUGUAUUACAUUUCCUUAUGAAGAGUGUGUGUGUGUGUGUGUGUGUGUGUGUGUGUGUGUGUGUGUGUGUGUGUGUGUGUGUGUGUGUGUGUGUGUGUGUGUGUGUGUGUGUGUGUGUGUGUGUGUGUGUGUGUGUGUGUGUGUGUGUGUGUGUGUGUGUGUGUGUGUGUGUGUGUGUGUGUAUACAGAUGUUUUCUGUUUCUGUUUGAUCUUUUUUGAACUUGUUAAUGAAUGAAAGUGAUUUCCAGAUAAUAAUAAAGAUGAGAUGAUA